AGUAGGAAUAGGCUGGUAUUAUUAAAUAUUUUGGUACGUGUACGUCGACUACGAAUUGAAGGUAGAAGUAAAAUCAAUUUAAGCUCGGAACAAUUUGGUGAAUUUGCAGAAUUUCCGCCGGGCCUUGUUGCGGCGUAGAAAGAAAAAAAAACAAACGAAAUGGUCGUCACUACCGAUUUAUGCGUUGCAAAUAUGUCUGUGUUGGGAAAAGUGUAGAAGUAAGAAGUUUGUAAUGCAGGUUUUGCAUGAGCAGGGUCCAGAAGAAUGUGUGGCCUAACAUCACAAGUUUUAUUGGGAGCGCUUUGUGAUGCCUAUUCUACAUGAGAAAUCCUGUCCCAAAGCGGUCAACAACAGACAGCUGCUUUUGCUUCUGAAGACGCAUGACAGAUUUUCGUGUGACUGACGGAGAGCAUCACAGGUUCAAUCUUGGUACCUUUCCAGACCCAGACAUUUUUCAACUGGAUACGUUUCCAUGUUCGCCGGAGAUGGGUCCAUGCCCGGCCGUAUCCUGUGCAAAAGUAUCGCACUCGUACUAAUCGCAGGCAUGCAUGACAAAUUUCCCUUCCAAGGUGAAGCAGCAUGACAAAUUCAAUUCUUCAUGCUGAGAAAAUUUGUGAUGCAAUUACUAUAUAUUAUAUUCAUGCGAAAAAAGAGGUAGACAGAGGGUAAACAAGAGGUGGCCGAGAGGUCAAAAAGAGGUCAAAAGAGGUAAAAAAGAGGUCGACAGAGGUGGAGAGGUGGCGCGGGACCCCUUUCGAGAGGGUCGGCGAGAGGGUGCGCGAGUAUAGCCCGCCGAAGGACCCACCUUAAGGCGGCGCCUAAGUGCCUCAGAGGGUGCAGAGAGGUCACAAAGAGGGGGCGCGAGAGGUCGACAGAGGUCGAGAGAGGUGGCGCGAAUAAGGGCCAACCUCUCGCGCACCCUCUCGGCCACCUCUGGGCCACCUCUGUCGACCUCUACCCUCGAGUAUAGCCGGACUAUUAGCGGGGACCCCCAAAAGAGGUAAAAAAGAGGGUCUGCGAGAGGUCUGCGAGAGGGUAAAGACACAAAGUAGCGGGCGCGAAUCCGCAUGGGAGUCCCCAUAUUUAGCGUCGCAGGCUCUUCGCGGACUUGUUUUGUCCGGCGCCUGUCCCCACCACCCUCUCGCGCACCCUCUCGCGCCACCCUCUCGCAUCACCCUCUCGCGCACCCUCUCGCGCCACCCUCUCGCGCGACCCUCUCGCGCCACCCUCCCGCGCCACCCUCUCGCGGCGGGCGGCUUCUGUUCGCCCCCGGUGUUCUUUGCAGUUGCUCCCUGCGCAGAGCGCCCACAGGCGCGGGAGGCGCGCAAGUAGUCCUGCGGGUUGGCGCGGCGCAAACUCCAGUAUGCUUCGUUGCGCACAGGCCCGUGGCGUUGUGGUCCGAUCGGCAAACUGUCUUGCCCCGGUCCAACAGCCUUGCGCUCCGGCGGCAGCCGGAGCAUGGCUGGUUUAUACUAGUCCGAUGCUUUUGAAAUUCAUAGGCCGCCGCGAAGCCCUGAACCGCAAGCGCGCAGCCAAGGAUGCCUACACCGACAAAAUCGGUGGGGGCGGGUUCCGUGCAGAUUUGAGUGCAUCAAACGUCAACUCCGGGGUCUUUCAAGGCGGGUACAACUACUUAGUGAUCUUGCCAUGCAGAUACAAACACCAUGGAAAAUAAAUGGAACGACAUUGUAGUGAUGCGUAGUAAAAAUUGUAGUUAUACUGGCUGUACAAGUGCUCAAGAACUUCUGAAAGCCAUCAAAAUUAUCACACAACAGGGCCGUCGCCGAGCCGCAGUCCGUUGUGUCCACUGCGCGUUCGGUAUCGUUGUGAAAGAAUGUUGUGACAGAGGGGGCGCGUGAGCCUAGCUUAUGUUUCUUGUCAUGCGUCCUAGAGCAGGCGUGUAGUGAGCAUAAUGCAUGUUGGUCAUGCGUAGUUCUACUUGUCAUGGAGACAAAUCGAACACCUUGCAUGAAUCGAACACGAACGAUGAGUAGGUUGUGCUUUAUUAACUACUACUUGCUAAUAUAGAGAUCAUGUAGAUGUAGAUGAUGUUGUUGAGGUUGAUCAGAAGCAGAUUGUAUGGUCGUCGUGCGUUCGUAUUUAUCAUUUGAGCCAUUCUUUUUCACGCAUCAAGAUCAAACCCGUUAAGCUGCAUGACAAACAGAGCAAAACAAGUUGUUCUCCUCGAUCAAGCACUCUUUCACCCCCUGUUAUACCCGCAGUUCAUGCCGCCCACACCCACCUAUGAAUUGCAAAAGUAUCGUACUCGUAUAAAUGCAUUACAAAUUUCCUUAGCAUGAGAAAUAAAAUUUGUAAUGCGGAUUUACCUGAGGAAAAAGAUUUGUAAUGCAUGACUGCAAUUACUACGAGUGCGAUACUUUUGCACAGAAUACCACCUCCGCGAGUGCCAGUGUGUCGGAGAACACCACAAGUAUAUGACAGUGCACAACUCCCCCUGCUCCCCUUCAUUUGUAUAGCAUGAACGGCGAUAGUACAAGCAUCAGCGCGAAUGUUGGUUUAUUUGCAUGACAAAUUUACACUGGAUUGUAGUGCUUCUGAGGUUUCUCGGUUCCCCCGAGAGAUUUCCUCGUUUUUUUGUCGACAGUUUUAGGUAGUCAGGCGAGCCUUCUUGCGCAUACGUACGUAGAUCUCCUGGUGCUUCGGCACUUCGAGGUUUAGGGUCGGAACUACGUUCUCAGCACUGCUGAAGCUUAAGAAGAAAGGGGCGUGCAUGCCCUGGCCCUCAGUUUGCUCUGCCUUUUAUCUUUUUGACGAUCGUUUACCAAAUCCUCCUUUUUUGCUGUACCUCUUGUUCCCCGGGCCCAACUGGCACCAAGCAGUUUUUUUCCUAGGUUUAGCUUUAGGUUUAGGUUUAGGUAGGCCGCCACCACCGCCGGCACGGGAUAACCGCCAACGCGCCCGUCUCACCUUCGAUCUUCGCCUUCUCGUGCUGCACAAGUUCGAUCCGGAAGGGUUUUGUUUUAGGUUUCAGGGUUUAGGCCACAUUUACGCUGGAUUGUAGUGCUAUUUGGGUUACCAGAACUUGUCAUGCAAACAGUGCCAUAAGGCGGCGACUGGAGUUUUCGGGGUUGUGCAUGACAAAUGACAAUGAGGGGGAGGGGAGUUGUGCACUGUCAUAAAGUCUCGCUUUUCAGCAAAAAAUCUCCGUCAAGCGCACACUGUUUACCUUGGAUCUGACCUGCGAUUUUCCCAUCGUCGACAUGGAACAGAACAUGAAGCGCCGAUCGCUGAUCUUUUACUGUGUGGUGGACCAAACCGGCACGAAAGAAUCUGUUAUCAAAUGCAAAUAUGUCUGGGUCUGGAAGAGUGAAACUUGUGAUGCUGGCCUUGGAUCCUACAUAAAAUCUGUAUUGCGUGAACAGCAAGAGGGGUCCAGUUCUGGCUACGCGGAAAGGGUAUUUCUCAUGCGGUAUGGGCAUCAGGAGGUCCUCAUAAAAUCUGUGAUGCUAACGCAUGUAAAAUAGACACCAUGGGUCAUGCAAAAUGCGCAUGACAAGUUUUGCACUCUUCCAGACCCAGACAUAUUUGCAGUUCAUAUCUGUGGCGAUCCAGGUGCCCCUGUCUUUUGACUUGACCAAGGCAAAAUUCACCAACGACGACUUUGCCAAUGGGCGGUGCUCGAUGGCAAUCCCAGCAGCGAAUUCCAACGCCCUGUCGUGGGACUGAGGUGAGAAUUUGUUUUUACAAUUUAUUCUGUCAUGCAUUGUCAAUGAUUGAACUCAACUUGAAGUGAUCGGUCGGACAUUUUUGCUGCACUGCUGGUUCUUGCGACUCUGUUAUUCAAGAGGUUCAACACCACUUUCGCGCAAUCGAAAACGAUGGUCAUGAGGAUGACGUGACGCAAUUUUGAAUCGACAUGCAAAUAAAAAUCUUCACCAGCUGCAGCUGUAUCACAAGGAGCUUUGACGAAAAAUAACUUUGUUCGUCGGGUCUCGGGCGGGCCGCACCCGAAGACGAAGAGGAGAAAAAAAGUUUGGAUUUUGGUACCUUGUAUUUCGACGUUUUCAUCGAUUUAUUGUACUAGUAGAAUUUGUAGAUCUUUACAUUUUAAUCGCUACAGAUUUUACGACCAAUCAGGAAUGGAUGUUGAAAUUACAGACUAUGGAUACAAAAAUACGCCCGCAUCGAUAGUACUUACAAAAAUUCGUCUAUAUGUCGACAUCAAUAGAUGUAAGUUGAAUAGUAUUCUGAAAAGAUUCUACAAGCUAGUUGUGAAUGAAUAAUGUUCGUACAGAAACUAACAGGAUCAGGAAUAACGACAUCAAAGCGACUUUUUGUAGUAAGCACAGCCAGCAGGAGAAGCAGGUAGAUUUUCCAGAACGGGCUGCAUUACUACUGGGGGGUUUCUCAUUUCCGACUCCUUAUUUUUGACUGCUGGAGCUGCAGUAAUGAUAUGGUCUUUAUUUUGGUGUCAAGAAAAUGAGGACUAUAUUCUAUCUCGACGUCACUCCUCGCAAAAGUCGAAGGCUACAGGGCAACUUCUUGCUCCUGUGAGUACUUUUGCUUAGUAGAGCCCCACCUGCUUGACAACUUUUUUUCAUCUUCACGCGUAUGAAUUCUGUCAAGACAAAUGCACGAGAUCACAAUUUUUUGUUAACAAAGCUUAUCACUGAAUUUGAUGGUUUCUAAAAAGAUUUCCUACCGCUCAAUAAUGUGACUGAGUAUAUUGAUUUGGUUAUGGUUUAGACAAGGAAAAUUCCAGAAGUACAUCAAAAAUCGAGCACCCCCCUCCCACGGGGUGGCGGCGGGGCGAGAUGAUUUGUCUGCGUUGCGGCUAGUAGCGGCCCGCCCCAUUUCUGCAAGCCUAUCGGCCCGGACCAGCCGCGACUCCUUCUCGAGUAGAAAGGGCAAGCGCGCAUCUGCCGCGCAAGUGUUUCGCCUUUGGCGCAACUGGCUCGGGGGCUCGUUUACAAACAAGGCCGGCCAAAACUCUACAAAGGCGACAGGCGGAACCCAGGGGCCCCCCUCCAGGGGGGUGCCUGAGGGGGGUACUUUUUUUGAUUCCGAAAUCGGCCAUUUUAGGUCGGGGGAAGGAACGCCAAGGGGGGUGCUUUUUGGGGGUGCUUUUUCUUGGGCAAAAGGGGGGCCCUUGGAUUGGCCCCGCGGCGCGACUUUCCAGGAGACGGCCAUUGCUCAUUGGAUCCGGAAAGACCUGGCCGCAGAAUUCUUGAAGUAUUGUCGUGGUGUUGCUCUGGGUGGUGACGGAAGACGAACGCCGAAGCCGGAGGCGUUUCCGGUUGUGUGGGACCCACUGAAGAAAGCCGCCACCUAGAUGAAGCCUACCCGAGCCAACCGCCUGUCCCGUCACCCCACCCACGGGAGGGGGGUGCUCGAUUUUUGAUGUACUUCUGGAAUUUUCCUUGUCUAAAUGGUUUCUAGUAUUUAGCUUUCGUUAUUUCGGAGUUCUAUUCGCAGCAGCAUGGAGCAGCUCCUGCAAUGAGACGAUGAAAGAGUCCGCAGCUGGAUGAUGGCAAGCGGUUGCGCGAUUCUGUUUCAACUGAAAAUCGGUGAAAUUGAUUGUAGAAGCUGCGGCCUAUGGAAAAAAACAUCAGGAAAUUCUUGCGAUAUAUAAAACAAGGCGA